CUUUCUCAUCCAUAAACAUCAAAUCUUUUAGAUAAGAUGAUAAGCCCACGUAACACCAGAAACUCACCCUUAUGCCUUUUUCCCUUUACCAUUCCCUAACUAAUCUCCUUCUCUUCUCCCUCUCUCUCCUCCUUUCCUAAACUAUGGCAGCUUCCACUUUGAUCACCCCAACCUCCAAGCUCAAACCACUUUCCCCAACCCCAAUCAGGUCCAAACUCAUUACCACCGCAGCUUCCACCAACUCCUCUGUCGCUCCCUCAGCGUCUGCCUCCGCCCUCACCCGUCGACACCUUACCAUUACCGCGGUCACUGCUGCCAUUCUCUCCCCUAUUCUUUUGCCCGCUGCCCACGCCUCCUCCGAAGAUGAAUACGUGAAGGAGACGAAGGAGGUUAUAACCAAGGUUCGGACUACAAUCACAAAGGAUAAGAAUGAUCCUGAUGUGGCUGAUGCUGUAGCAGAACUUAGAACUACUUCUAACUCCUGGGUGGCUAAAUAUAGGAGAGAGAAAUCUCUUCUUGGACGGCCGUCUUUCCGGGAUAUGUACUCUGCCCUCAAUGCUGUGUCUGGUCAUUACAUCAGUUUUGGGCCUACUUCUCCCAUCCCUGCUAAGAGAAGAACUAGGAUCUUGGAGGAGAUGGACAGUGCAGAAAAGGCUUUACUUAGAGGAAGAUGAGCUUCUUUUUCUUUUUUUAACCCACCUCCCUUUCUUUUUGUAUUUAUAAUUACCAUAUAUUUGUAUGUACCGGAAUUCUGCUUUUGAAGGUGAGAUAUAUGGAUUCUUGCAAUUGACCAA